AUGCGGGGCCUGGGCAAGCCCCUGGGCAGGGCUGGCGAGGAGCUGGCGCCCCGGCACGUCCUCGCCCGCCGGGUUUUGGUGCUGCACUGGGAAUACAGCCCCGGCCGGCCCGGCCUGCGUCCCGGGCUGCGGCUCCUGGUCGGAGGCUUUUCCUGGGAGAACUGCGGUGAUGGGAAGGACCCCGUGGUGCUGCAGAGCCUCUCCGUGGCACCGGACCCCAUCACCAUCCCGGGGAACCUGCGGAUCAGCGCCGCCGUGACCGGCACCAAGGGCCUGACGUCCCCGCUGAAGGGCUCCUACUCGCUGCCACCCAGUGACUUCCUGCUGCCCGACGUCGAGCUGCCCUCCUGGAUGACCAACGGCAACUACCGCGUCCGCGUGGCCGUCAGCAGCAAGGGCGAGGAGCUGGCCUGCGUCAAGCUGGCCUUCUCGCUGCAGGCGCCCUGAGGG